AUGACCAAAGCACAAAUGACUUCAACGUCGAAACUAAAACGAUUUAUUGUACUAGGUGAUGCUGGUGCCGGUAAAUCAUCGUUCAUUAAUUUUUUGUACAAUUAUUAUCAUGGUACAAAAAAGUCAAGUGAAAUUUUUUGUGAACAUCCACAAGUGAAACUAGCUAUACCAUGUGCAAAUUGGUUGGAUUGUCUUGACGAAGCAUACAAGAAUAAUAACAGUGAACAUAAUAUUAACGACCAAACAAAAAGUCAAACACAAAUAUGUACUACAUAUAUAAUUCAUCGAAAAACUAGUUGUUUAGAGAUAAUUGACACGCCGGGAUUUAAUGACACAAACGGUGCUGAUGUUGAUGAAAAAAAUUUGACAUUGAUUGAAAAGGCAUUGAAAGAAGUGUCCUUCCUAAAUGGAAUUAUCUUGGUUGUGAACGGUGCCGUUCCACGUCUUGGUGUUUCAUUCAAAAACUUUUUGCAUAUGUUACAUCAAGUAUGGCCCAACAACUUGUUGAAUAAUUGUGUUGCUAUUUUGACCAAUUGUGAUGAGCUAAGUGUUAAUUUAGAUUCAUCAGUAUUGAAGCGCGAUCUCAAUGUUGACGAUAGCAAAAAAUUUCAUUUGCAAAAUAGUUUAUUCCGAUGGGACCCAAAGAAACGAUCACCGAAAACAAUUCAUCGUUUCCAACAAGAUUUUGAAGAUAAUUUGGAUACAAUUAAAUCAUUAGUGCAGAAAUUGUCAGAGUUUCAUGAGGUUUCAACAAUAUCAUUUGAAGUUGGUGCAAUCAAAAUCGCAUUAAUUGAAAAGUGUGUUUUUCAAUCUAUACAAAACAUGGUGGAUUUACUCGAAAAAUACAAAGAGCAACAGGUAGCACAAGCUGGUAUUGAAGGUGCUCGAGAUACAAUGCAAAAUAAUAAAGAAUGGGAUAAGCAUCGAGAAAUCAAUGCUGUUCGUUGGGUGGAAGCUCCACGACGUCGAUCACCGUCGCCAUCACGAUUACAACAGUUCUCGUCGGUCGGAGCGGAAUGCGUCUCGUCCAAGAAGCCGACAGAGCUGUUGUCAAAUAAGCCGCAGUAUCUGUUAUCUAACGAAGGAAAACAGACCUCGCUCGAUGAAGCAGAACAGAUCUUGGGCAUGGAACGUCGAAAAACGGCGGAGCUGACAUUUCCACCAAAAGACCACGAUUUGCGUAUUUCAAAAUCCUGUAAUGGUUGUCAGGUAGACGACACAUAUUUGAACAAACAUAAUGAUCAAGCUCUGGAUGAUUCAACGGUCACUGUUGAUAGAAAACAUGAUAAAGAAACCGCACAAGUUGACAUUUUGUCUCUUGGCUUCGGCACUGGAAGCCAUCAACAGUAUAACCCGACAACAUCAGAAAAAAAGUAUUCGCCUCCAUCGCUUCACAAUUUUUCUUCUAAUCAACAAUCGUUAAUAGUACCAUAUUGUUCUACACCUGAUGGAUCCCACACGUUAGCACUAGCUAAUGAAAAACACUACCAUCACGAUUCGUCUGCAGAGCGCAAUGAUGAUAGUCAACAACGAGUCACAUAUCCAGUUCCUUCUUUGAAUAAUCACUACGAUACUUUUGGUUAUCCUGGCGAUUACGGACAUUGCAGUCUUCAGGCAGUAUAUCAACAGGAGCAAACCAAAAUUCAAGUAACGUUACCAGAUAACGAAGCACGAUCACAUCAUAAAUAUGCCCAAGAACAAGAGUCUAAGUUACAGGUAAGACGGCAAGACUUAGUUAAUGAACAACAACUGUUGAUGAGUUCAAUGACGUCACUGUUAGAACAGUUGAAAAAACAAGUUGCUGAAUUACGUUCAAUUAACAAAAAUUAUAAUAUUAUUGAACGAAAUCGUAAUGUAUUAAUCUUAUUCCGCGAUGAGAUUAAAUAUAUGGGUGAUGGUCCAGAAAUGUUACGCUACUAUAAUGAUACAGCGGCUAUUUUAUCCAACUAG